UGGAGUCUCUCGUCGUCCUCUCCUCAGUCUGGCGUGCAGCUUCGAACUGCGAGCACUCGAUUCUCUUUCUCACUCUCACGCGUCUAACUCGCGUUCGGCCACUGGAUACCCUGUCCGAGCCGGUUUCUGCCCCGCACACGAUUUCGCCGUGCUAAUCAGGACCACUUCCUUAAGGCUGACCCAUCCGGAAUAAAAGCGGACGAGAACGCUGGUUUCGCACCGCAUCCAUCAAUCAUUCGAAACACAAAGUAGCCACAACUAGUAAGACGGAGACAACAGAUUUCUGCUUCAAAAACUGCUUAUUCCUCCUUGAUGCACCCCCGAGGGAGGGUCUCGUCGCUGCGACAGGAAGGGUUGAAUCGUCUCCGCCACAGCGAUUAAUCACAAACGCAACCCCCUUGUUGUAAAAGAUGAGGGUCUUCUCGGUUGUCCUGAUCGCUCUGCUCCACAAUGCAGCCCUCCGCGAGUGUCUCGGCAGCGACAACUCCCUCAGCAAAUGUCCUAUGAUGUGCCAGUGCAACUUGGACGUGAAAGGUCGCAAGCAGACCUUGUGCGAUUCUGGCCGCAUGAUGCAAGACCUCUCAAACAGCCUGCCUGAUGACACCGAGGUGCUUGUAAUUACGGCACCAGAAGGGGAGCACAACACGCUCACCAUCGGACCGAUCUUCCAGAAGCUAAAGAAACUUGAAGAGCUGACUAUUUCAAGGUCGCAGGUGCCAGCCAUCGGAGAGCAUUCCUUUUGGGGUCUCAAGUACCUCACAAAGCUUGACCUGACACACAACCAUAUCAGGCAGGUUGUUGAAAAGAACUUCCGGCGCCUGGAUAGGCUGAGAACUCUUCACCUUGACCACAAUCAAAUCGAUUCCAUGCCUAGCAGCACGUUCAAGGAAAUGAUAGAAUUGAAAACUCUGACUCUAUCCCACAAUAAAAUCCGGGAGCUGGUUCCGAGAUUAUUUUUGCUUUUGAACAAACUCAACUAUUUGGAUUUGUCAGAAAACCCGCUGACUGAGCUUUCCCCUGACGUAUUUAAAGACAUCACGGAGCUCAAAGUUCUCAAGUUGAGUGGCUGUAACCUCACCAAAAUUAACGAUCAAAUGUACACUCUGCUUCCUGUCCUAGAAGUUCUUGAUUUGUCUCGUAAUCAGUUUCAACAUUUUCAACAAAAUGAAUUCGUGGCCUUACGGAAAUUGAAAGAGCUUAAUCUAUCUGGCAACUUGCUCUCUGUGGUUCUGGACCGGACUUUCGGGGCGAGUACGCCAAACUUGAGGUUUCUGUCAUUGUCAAGGAAUCGACUCGCAAAGAUCACCACACAUGCAUUUAAGAAUGCCACCAACCUGCAGACUCUUGAUGUCUCGUACAACAAGUUCAGCUCUUUGGACUCGGCUUCGUUCGAGCCUUUGGGAGAACCCCUCCGCACUCUAAACCUGAGUGGGAAUGCCAUUGAGCAGGAAAAUCUGAAGAAUGUUCUACAAGCAAUGCUGAAACUGCGUGAACUCUCACUGGCCAACAUGAGCUUGACCAGCCUACCCCUGGGAGUGUUCGUCUUCCACGAGCACAUUCGGUUCCUCAACCUUUCUUACAACCAGUUCCAGCACUUCCCUGCUCAGAUUCUGUCACCCUUGGAAAAACUCAAAGAGCUUGAUCUCUCCAACAACAAAUUCCAAGGACUCAACGACGGGCUGGUCAACCGUCUUGCACACUCUGAGUCGGGACAAUCCACCGGAGGAGAGGUCAUGGCCGUAAAGGCACGUGGGUCCGAGAGCAUCGUCGUCAGGUUGAAGGACAACCCUUGGCAGUGUGACCUGUGCCACAUUAGGCCAAUCUUAGCCUGGAUCUCUCGCUUCUCCGAAGAAGACAGUAUUAACACCGACUGCGACGCUGACCCCAACGCCAUUGAGUGCUUGCGGUGCGCCAGUCCAAGGAGCUUGGCCGGAAUGACCCUGAGCUCUCUAGAUACAGACAGCCUGGAUCUGUGCAUUUACAACUCUGGGGGUGGCCACGACCAGAGUUUGGUGGCUGGUUUCAUUCCGCGCAUUGGACUCUUUGCAGCACUUGGUGCCACAGCCGUGGCAGUGAUUCUCAUCUUGAUCGUGAUAGUGGUGUUGGCUCUGUCACACAGUAGACACGCGGCUCACUACUACACACGCGAAGACGACCGUGUGCCUGGCACCAGCAACGAAAGCGAAGCCAUCUUCAGCAACCCCGACAAGCUGACCGAAGACAUUGGCAAAUAUGCCACCUUGCUGUCCACCGGGAAACUGAGUGGCAAGACCAACGGCAAGGUCCGAUUCGUGUCGAUUGCAACCAUCGACGAGAUCACGAAGGACCCUGAGCUGCAAAGGACGCCGCUGAAAAAUGGUGUUGGCAGCUGAGAGCAGGAGACCUCGCUGACAAUGACAGCGACGAGCUCGACGGACACGCUGGAAACUACGUGCACCAUCGAGCCCCCGCCUGAGUUUCAAUAGAGACUCGUUUUUCGAGUGAGAAUGACAGUUUUCUGUGCCAUACAUGUGAGCAGAGACUAUGUGAAUAAUAAUGUCGUUGAAGAUCGACAGCAGCCUAGAAUUGCAAUUGAAUGUGAGGGCUAUUUUACGAAUCAGAUUUUACUUUUCCCAUCUAUACAUCUCCAAAGAAUCACAAACAUAUAGUUUUGAAUAUCUUUAAUAUGCGAUUCAGGUGGACUGAUCGUUUUGAAAUUUUUUAUAAUUUUCUGAAUGUAUAAGGAGCGUGUUUCAGUGGCUGUGUUGAACGCAAAAGACGCGCUUGGUUAAGAAAAAUUUAUGUGUGGUCUAUCAAGAGACGAAUGAGCACAAAGAGCUCUUUUCCACUUCUCGGUGAAUUGAUUAAACUUGCUGCUUGUUUCCGCCUCGAAGGAAGGAUUUAAUUAAUUUUUUCGUCGGCAGCACUCGCGACUUCAACUGCAUGUCGAAAAGUCAGUGUGCGUGUGCAGAGAGACGUGUAUAACAUUAGUGCUGAAUGCCGUGUUUUCUCUUAAGUUCUCUCAGUUCUUUUCUUCUAAUUACAGACUAUUAUUUUCUCCGUGUGCUACGAUUAAAAUUUAUGGUAGAGUACAAUUAGUGGAAAUAACUGCGCAUUCUGAUAGUCGUCUUUUUCGUUUCACCCUCUGUGCAGCUUUUAUAAGCUUAUACUCAAAUACUGUCGUAUGUGUUCCCUUCAACUUAAAUUCGAGAUUAAACUACGUCGCAUUCUAUUUAUUUACACAUGGGAACACCCCGUGGGAAUGAUGAAUAAUUUUAAGAUAAGAGAUGGUACUAAAGAAAUAAUAUUACGGAAAUCAAUCGCUAUGACGUAAAAAAUCUCACGAAAUUGUUGUUCUAAGAAAAUACUAAUUCUCAUGACGUGACUAUGUAUAUAACAAAAUAAAUAUAUUUUAUAUAUCGGAAAAUGGAAUAAAUAAAAAUUGAUUUGAAAAUGUAA